UCCCCGCCUCCCCUUCCCUCCCCGCCCGGCUCUUCUCUUCCCGUUGAGGUGGCGGCCGGCCUCGCCUCCUAGUCAGCUCCGCUUUUCAUCUCCUCGGGUCUUCCCUUUUCCCCGGAGCCCAGAGCGGCAGGACUUCUCGCUUCUUUCUCUACGGUGGCCCCAGUGCCUCUGCGUGCGCUCCUUCUCCCGCCAUGAAUGAGGAAUACGAUGUGAUCGUGCUGGGCACCGGCCUGACGGAGUGUAUCCUGUCAGGGAUAAUGUCAGUGAAUGGAAAGAAGGUUCUUCACAUGGAUCAGAACCCGUACUAUGGAGGAGAAAGCGCAUCUAUAACACCACUGGAAGAUUUAUACAAAAGAUUUAAGUUACCAGGACAACCACCAGCAUCAAUGGGGAGAGGAAGAGACUGGAAUGUUGACUUAAUUCCCAAGUUCCUUAUGGCCAAUGGUCAGUUGGUGAAGAUGUUACUUUACACAGAGGUCACUCGCUAUAUGGAUUUCAAAGUGAUUGAAGGGAGCUUUGUCUACAAGGGAGGGAAAAUCUACAAGGUUCCUUCCACUGAAGCAGAAGCACUGGCAUCUAGUUUAAUGGGACUGUUUGAAAAACGCCGCUUCAGGAAGUUCCUAGUUUAUGUCGCCAACUUUGAUGAAAAAGAUCCUAGAACUUUUGAGGGCAUUGACCCUAAGAAGACCUCCAUGAGAGAUUUGUAUAAGAAGUUUGAUUUGGGCCAAGAUGUUGUAGACUUCACUGGCCAUUCUCUUGCACUGUACAGAACAGAUGACUACUUAGAUCAGCCGUGUUGUGAUACCAUUAAUAGAAUUAAACUUUACAGCGAAUCUUUGGCAAGAUAUGGUAAAAGCCCAUACCUUUAUCCCCUCUAUGGCCUUGGAGAAUUGCCACAAGGAUUUGCAAGGUUAAGUGCUAUAUAUGGAGGUACCUACAUGUUGAAUAAACCAAUUGAAGAAAUCAUUGUGCAAAAUGGAAAAGUGGUUGGUGUAAAGUCUGAAGGAGAGAUUGCUCGCUGUAAGCAGCUCAUCUGCGACCCCAGCUAUGUAAAAGAUCGGGUUGAAAAAGUGGGCCAGGUAAUCAGAGUGAUCUGUAUCCUUAGCCACCCUAUCAAGAACACCAAUGAUGCCAAUUCCUGCCAGAUCAUCAUUCCACAGAACCAAGUCAACCGGAAGUCAGAUAUCUAUGUUUGCAUGAUCUCCUUUGCACACAAUGUGGCAGCACAGGGCAAAUAUAUUGCCAUUGUUAGUACAACCGUGGAGACCAAGGAACCAGAGAAGGAAAUCAGACCAGCUUUGGAGCUCUUGGAACCAAUUGAACAGAAAUUUGUCAGCAUCAGUGACCUCUUUGUACCUAAAGAUUUGGGAACAGAGAGCCAGAUCUUUAUUUCCCGUGCCUAUGAUGCAACCACUCACUUUGAGACAACCUGUGAUGACAUUAAAGAUAUCUAUAAGAGAAUGACAGGAUCUGAGUUUGACUUUGAAGAAAUGAAGCGCAAGAAGAAUGACAUUUAUGGAGAAGACUAACAGCAGUACAUAUUAUGUAAUUAGGACAAACUUAAAAUUUGGCAAAUAAUGUAUAUUAUAUGAAAUCAAUAUUGCAAGCCCGCUUUUAUGAUCAAAAUGGAGAUUGAAGAGUGCUAUACCAGUAAAUACUCCUUCCCUUCACUUUUCUAAUAUCAUGUAUUAACUUGUUUUCAUGGAAUGGCUAGUCAGAAUUGGUUGUUUCUGUUUAGUUUAACCAGACUGCCUUUUUUUUUUUUUUUUAAGUGAAGGAGCUGUUCUAAACAAAUAUAUCGAUAGAGAACUUGAUACAGUACUUGUAUCUUUUAAUCAGUGUAGCCUUUGCGAUUGUGUUGCCUCUGCUCAAGAGCUAGAUCUAUACAAUUUGUGCCAUCCUGAUAUUGGGACUCUAAAUUGAAUCCUUUGGUUUGGGAAAACAUUCAAAGUUUUCUCUAUUUUGUUAUGUCAAGUAUUAAAGCAGGGCUCAAAUAGCAGCCACAUAUUUUGUUUAUGUGGGUGUAAACUUCUAGCCAAAUUUUAGACUUAGGGAGUUGUUUGGAGGAAGCCAGUAUUGGUAUUUUAACCUAUUACAAUUGCUGAGAAGGGGAAAGGAACCAUAUGGUAAGCAGGUAAAAUUAUAGAAGCACCUUUUAACCCACGUAUGGCUUAUUCAAUGGACCAAGCUGCAAUGCAGUAUUGAUUUGACAGAGCCUUGAUUUCAAUGAUGUCUGUCUCAAAAUGGCUCCAAAUGAUUUCUGUACUGCAAAAUAAAGCCAAACUCUGGAAAGCA